UGGGUCGUUGUGUCCCGCACAUUACACGUUUCGGCAGGAGAGUUCGCCUCUCACACAACAUACACACACACACACGCCUGCCUUACACGCUCGGUCGGUGGUUUCUCAGAAGGAGGGCAUCCCUGCGUGGCGUGACUCAUCUUUCGCACUUGCAACCACACACGCACAACCAACCAGAGUGUUGUGUACGUCGUGUUAGAAAGGUAGCGGCGUUGCGUUUUUGUUUUCGUUUCGGUUUCGAUUUCGCGCAACGCAACACAACCACCGCUAGGAUUCUAUUGUCGCGCGGUUAAUCGGUUCGAAACGUGUGUAUUGAGACACAAGAUGAAGAUUGAGCUCAGCGAUGGCAUGUCCAACAAUUCGGACUUCUCCAACGAUAGUCACGUAUCGCAUUUUUCAACCUCCAACGCACCGACGGACUUUGGCAGCGCGGAUUUCGGAGGUGUUGCACCAGGCAGUUUAAUUCUCACACCUAAUGCCAUCAGUUUUAUAUCAUUGGAAGGGUUGCACUCGGGGGUGCCCACGCGAACGACGCCCACCUUGACGCCAACAACCCUUCGUAGUAUUGAACAGACGUUCAUCGAGCUGCAGUCAAAGCCACACGAGAACGAAGCCGGUUUCGUUCCUCCGAUGGUACAGUCAAUAGGUAACAAUCAAUACAUACCGGCAUCGGAAGCUGAUAUCUACACUACAAUUACACCCAACGGUAAAUCCAACACCAUUUGGAACUCGAACAUCUCCCAAUGCAGUUCUGAAGAUAGCAAUACCAGUCCGUCGCCAGCCGACCUCCAGAAGAAUAUGCAAUCGCCGCCGCCAGCUGCAACUACACGGAGGAAUAUGGGCGGCAGGCGGCCGAAUCGUGAGGUGAAUUUGCCGCCCGAAGAGGAGGAACGUCGCCGUGUUCGUCGCGAACGCAACAAGGCUGCUGCGGCGCGUUGCAGGAAACGCCGCGUUGAUCACACAAAUGAACUACUUGAUGAAACUGAUGAGUUGGAGAAGAAGAAGCAGGAAUUGAAGCAAGAGUUUGCGGAUUUGAGUAAAUGUCGAGACGAACUGGAGGAACUUUUGGAGCGUCAUCGUCCGCGCUGCAAGCUGACCGGCAUGCAUUGCCCGCCUAGUCCGCCCGAAGAGAAACCCUAUGCGAUGCAAUUCGAACAUCCAAGUAUGCAGCGCGUGAAGACGGAACUAAUAGAUACACUGCAAGAUGAUGACUAUUACGGGGUGCCGUCGCCGGCCAAGAAGAUCAUGCUUAGUUCAACCGUACCCAUUUCGAAACCGAACCGCCCCAAUUCCCUCAACGUCGGCGGGACCACCCCAUUCGGGAUGAAUGCCCAAGCGACAAACAAUAACAGCAAGUCGGUUUUUGAUGAUGCGCUUGCUGGAAUUGGCAUCACCACACCGUCCACCGGUAUGCACUUUAACUUUGAGUCGCUGAUGGUUGGAGGCACUGGCCUCACCCCCGUCUCUGCGCCAUUGAUUCCUAACUGCUCCACGCAGCAGAGAAUACCGGUGUCGAUGAGUGGCGAUAUUGUCUCACCCGAAUCGUGCGUGCCGCCAAAACUUGUCAGUUUAUAGGAGCGGUGUUUUUGGGGCGAAAUUAUUGGAUCGUACUGAAGCUCAAUCAGACAUGUUUUUUUUUCUGCUGAAAGCGCUCAGUCCAUAUUUGUCUUCAGAAGUCGAAAAACAUGCGCAAUCAAUAUUUUGGAGUGAUUGCUUUGUUCUCAUGUAGGUUCGAACAAGUGUUACCAAAAUGGCCAAUAUUAACUAUUAACAUAAUGUACGAAUUCAUCAUUGAAUUGUUGAGAUUACAUGAAUUUUGGAGUCGCGUGCGCGGUCAAAUUGUCGUCGUCUUUUUUAAACCACGGCCGCGCGCUUUACUUGUGUCAUAAUUUAUUGUAUAUUUGUGCGCGGCCGUUUGUGCUCAACUUUGCUACUUUGCUAUAUUACAUACGAUGUGUAAUGUUGCCAUGAACAUGCCUUCAUAUUGAUUGUAAACGAAAGAAGAGUAUAUAUUUGAAUUACCGUUGUACCAGCAACACAAUCUUAAGCAGAAAGACGCAACUUGCGGAAACUUUGGAUGAUUAAAUCAAAAAUUAUUUAUAAAUAUUGAGAAAGUAUUGAUUAUAUUAUAAUGAAAUGAAUAAUAAUAGAUGAUAUGAUUAUAUCCAUUAUUAAAAUAGGAACCCACUGAUUCCUAUGAAUUGUCAAACGAAAGCAAUUGUGUUAUUACAUUUUAAGAAGAAAUUUGAUAUAUUUAGAAGUAUAUUAUAUAUUUAUAUUGUAUAUUCAGCAAUAUUGCAAAAGGCUGCAGAUGAUGAUCCAUUUUUGUCAAUUUUGUAUCUUAGAAUUGUGGAAUGAUGCAGAAAUCGCUAAAAAAUUUUGUAUUUAUUUUAUUGCAUUGCUAAUAUUGUAUAAUAAAUUAAAUAUAUCUUUAUAACAAA